UACUGGACUGCAGUAUAGCCAGGACUGUAGAGGAAACCGUCUACAACAGAGUUAGGCUGUGUGUUAUGUAUGAGAGGCUUGGAGGAUGUGUAGUUAGCUAGCUGCAGGAUAUGCAAGAGGAAGGGGGAACCUUAGUUGGUUGAGGUAAGUGGAAAUUGAACUGCUUUGAAACCUACAUACUUUGUCCUAUGCUAGUAUAUAUCACUAGGAGUAAGUGUGUGCAUGAAACAGUGAUUCUUUACUACUUGUGCACACCAUACACACACCAAAGGCCCAAUUGGGCACGAGUAUGAUGUUCUCUAGAGCACUUUUGUGAUGUUUACUUUCAAAUUGCUACGUAUAUUAUAUUAAUAUAGGGGCCGUGACAAAGAGGGUGUGGAGUAGAGAGAUGGUAACAUCUAUGCUCCCAACAUAAGUUUUGUGUAUGCGAAUAAACCGCAUUACCUCAUAGGGACUGGUAAUGUGCCACUGAAACUACUACAGUCUGGAUUGUGCAUAAAAAGUUGCAGAGUACUUUAUCAGAACAAACUAAUUCCAUAUAAUGAGAGAUUACUAGUAAGGUUAGCUACAUACUCUACCUUGUUUACUGCUGUGGUGAAUUAGCUAGAAAUCACUCCACCACCUGGACACCUGCCAGGGAUCACCCAUGCAAAUUCUGUGCCUUCCUAGCUUUUUAGACGGCUUUCCAGUUGAAUCUAGCAACAUAGGUACACUAAUAUUAAAGCCUGAAGCUUUACCUACACAGACACACACACACACAGGUGAAACACUAAACCUGAGGGAAUAAUAGAAAAAUGCAUUGAACAAAAAGUUCAUGUGUAAGCACGCGCAUUUGCUUUCUUUCUGUAAAGAAUUUCCCGACCCAAAAAAACGGGAAAGUAGUGUUUUCAUACAGACGACAGAAAAAGAAACAAUCCUAGAAAGCAAACAUCCCAAAUGAAGGCAGACUGGAAGUUGGAACUGUAAACAUGACGGUGGAGAAAAAAUCACAUGUGUUUGGUAAUAGUGAGGCAAUAUUAUGAUCAUUUAACAAAAACAUACAUUGUUCCGUUCCCCCAUUACAUCACACAGGGGAUGAGUCGACAACAGUCAACAGCUUCAAUUGGGAGGGGUAUAUACCUCACUUUCCAGCUCAGCUGAAAGUAAUAGUAGUGUUAUAGUCACAGAGAUAUGGAAGUUCCCAAGUACCCAGAGAAAGGGACACAGAGAAACAGAGUAUUUGUACUGAGAAGUCAGAUAUAAUAUAAUGCACUUUUUCAGAAGAAUAGUGGUAUCCACAACUUACUACCAAGGCUGACAAAGCUUCUUUGGAAACUGGGUGUGGGCAACUGGUGUGGGCAACUGUUAUGUCACGGAUUGUGGAUCCUCAAUGGUAUUCACAUUCUGUUGCUCUCUGCAUAUCUACUAAUAUGGAGAGGAUGAUGUCACGGAAAGGGGAAUGUAAGACUAGAAUCAUUUUCAAGACAACACUUUCCCCAGUUUGCCUGGAAACCCCAUUAUGUAAUGACAGAAUCUGUACACGUGAGACAGUGUAUAUCCCUUGCAGUGUUUCCUGCAGUCACUCCUUCCACCUGCCUGCAUAGCAACUAUAAUAUACUCUCCUGGAGCAGUCCUUCCUGCGUUAUGUCAACACUUUAAGUGUGGGAAAAGGGGAAAAUCUGGGGAAACACAGCUCUGCUUUCAAUAUUUUUCUAGCAAACUUGCAGCAGAGUAUAAUGUAUAGUCUGUUUACACACUGGAAGUAUUUGGAUGCCCAAGAAUAGGAAACUGGAUAUGGCAGUAGGGAUGUUUCCAGUGAACAGUUCCUGUGUUUUAUGGGUAUAAAAGCAGCACUGGCCUGGAGCAUGAACAAACCACUCAACCAGCAACUGCAGAGAUUCUGAGAACAACUUUCUCUCUUACUCUCCAACUGUCAACCUGCAGGAAAUCUCACAACCAGAAAGUGAGGCACCCUCUGCUCUAUACAAAGCUCAGCAACCACAGAGUUUUGCUCCAUACAUUUACACUCCUUCACCCUUCACCCACUCUUUCAGAGCCAAGAUGUCUUCAAGUGAUCUAGAGUCACAGCCAACUGCCGGGAGAGGAGGGUCAAUUCUGCCAGUCGGCGUCUCACGAAAGUGGAAGAUUGUCCUGGCAGCUGCUUUUCUGCUUGGAGCUGUGGCUAUAGUUGGUGUGUGCGCAACUGCAGUGGGUUUGGGUGUGACAGCCACCACAAGUGGCAGAAGUAUGAGUGAGGAAGGAAUGAACAAAGAAGCGAGGACUCUCGGUGACAAUGGCGAGAAAGAGAACGGAUUUGUUCGCAACAGACGUAUCCCCUCUAAUGCACGGCCUGCAGAUACUCAACCUAGCAGCUCCUGCUAUUCUGAAGAGACAAACAAUACGCUCCCGGCAGCUCACAUAAAGGGCACACAGUUUGAGUGGGAGAGUGAUGAAGAUUUCUACCAGCCCCAGUGGGAUUGUGACGGAUCCCCUGCCUAUGUCAUGGGAGGCAUGUGGUUCAACCAAGACCACAAGUCUCUCUACGUACCAAAGUGUGGCUGGUACUAUGUGUCCAGCGAAAUUGCCUUCCAGAAUAACGGCGAUUCGGUUGAGUCCUACUCCUAUACCCUCAGAAUCCACAGAAACUGUGGAGAAUCCGACGACCGCUACUUCAGGAAGGGCAACACUGUCAAUAGUCCGGUCGAGGGUACCCAAAACUCCCUCACGUCGAUUCAAAUAAACGACGUCGUCAAGAUUUGCCGCGGGGGACGGAUCUACGUGAACAUCCCGGUGAAAACAAAUGGUUGUUGUCCUCGCGGCUACUCUGAAACCACAUCCCUCACGGCUCAUCUACUGACUGAGUCGGACUGCUACUCGCCGGCGGUUACCUCAUACUCUGAACCAAGAGAGGACUACCAACGCCCCCCACCGUCAUAAAAGACUGUUCUACCACACCAGAGAAAUAUGUUUUAUGAAUCCGAUCGCUUGUUUGGCCCUAAGAUAACAUGAACUCUUUACAGUGCAUAUUUUUUUAAUGAAUGUUCCUGUUGUGAACUAUAAUUUUUGUGUGUAAAGCCUCUCGAAUACAAAAGGAAAAAAUUGAGUUUGUACGUAAACUGUGUGUGUGUGUACAGGAUAUUGUUGAACAUAAAUUUGUUAUACAAAAAAAAAGUCAACAUUGGUGCAUGUGUCUUGACCGUUAUGUACACAGUAUGUGUGUAAAUACCAGUGCGUGAAUAAACGAUAGAAAAUGAGAGUUUACACUGACAACUCAAACACAGUGAGCCAACACAGAGAUAGUGUAUAUACAGACAUUCAAGUGAUAUCAGGAUCGGGGGUCAGUUUGUAUGGGUUGUAUCAGAAGUCGGUUGUCAUGGUGAUCUCUGGUGGCCAGCUGGAACAGGGAGUGUCGGCAAUGAGGAUCAGUCCCAGGAAAGUCCCACUCUUGUCACCGCGAGGGCAACACGGCACCCCAUUGGCCCCGUCCGGUAUCUCGAUCCAAACGCUCCCACCGGGACACAUGUGGACCACAUCGGACGUGAAAGUUGUCGCGACCCUACCAUCGAGACCAGACGGAGCCACGGAAGCCUUUGCCUGGAUCUGUAUGGGCCCAGAAUCACUCUCCCACGUGCAGUUGUGCCUUAUUUUCAGGUUGUGAAAGACUGUGACACCCUCUGAGGUCGAAUCCUCGUCAAUGACAAAGUACACUUGGCUGUAGACUAGGUAGUAGCCACACUUGGGGACGUAGAUGGACUUGUCUGUCUGGUUGAACCAGACGCCGCCGUCUACAAAUGCUUGCUCCUGAAUGCGGCGAGGGUUUAGUACGUAGACGUCGU